UCGUUAGGGUUCUAGGGUUUAAAGUUUAAACUAUCAGAAAGAUGAAGCUAUAGUGGACCUUAUUUCUCUACUGCUUCGUCGUUUAAUGCUUAAAGAUUGAAUAUUUACCAGCAAUAAACACCAAUAAUGUCGAUUAAUAAAGCAGUUGAAGAAGAUUCAAAUCAAAAUCAGAACAGUAGAUUAACAUGGGAAGGUUGCAAUGUAUUGCUUGACAUCAAUGACGGCGACCGUUUGGUUUUUGCCCGUCUUACUGCCGCCUCGACAUUGAAAAUUGGGAAUAAGAAGUGUUGUCUUCAGCCACUGAUAGGUUGUCCAUUCGGGUCUCUGUUUCUAGUGGAGUCUGGAAAAGAAGGACCCAUUUUGUCUCGCUUUGUUCCGAAUGCAGAAGGUAACAACCUUGAAAAAAAAGACGUGGAUGGAUCUAAGGACAACCGCGCAAUUGUUGAUAAUAACACUGCCCAAAGUCUCACUAGUGAAGAUAUUGACGAGAUGCGAAGGCAGGGAGCAAAAGGGGAUGAAAUAGUUGAAGCACUCAUUGCAAACAGUGCAACUUUUGAGAAGAAGACAUUAUUUUCACAAGAAAAGUACAGGAUUAAGAAACAGAAGAAAUAUGCACCUAGAGUACUAGUGAGGCGUCCCACUGCACGAAGCAUUUGUGAGGCCUACUUCAAGAAACAUUCUGACAAAAUUGGGUUCAUGCGAGUGGAUGCACUAUCUCUACUGCUCUGCUUAGGGAAUGUUACUGCUAACGUAGAUGUACUUGUAGUGGACAUGGUCGGUGGUAUUCUUACCGGUGCUAUUGCGGAACGACUAGGAGCAGGUACAGGUUAUGUGUGCAAUACCUACCGUGGAUCGUCUCCAUAUCCUGUCGAUAUCACAAGGAUGUUUAAUUUAAAUGAUGAGAUCUGUAAAAGAAUUGUGCAUGCAUCAUUGACCGACCUAAAUUCACUGAAAACUGGAGCUUCAGUGUCUGAGAGUCAGGAAGAAGUCUUACCUGCCACUCAUUCUGGCGGUCUAGAAGAAGUUGGCGUUUCAUCUGAACAUGGUUGCAUGGAUAUAACAUCUGAGAGCGUUUCCUCACCAAUAAUCAAGCCUUGUAAAUCUAUAAAACCAGGUCAGAAGGCACCCCCGGAGGCCAUCAAGUUGUGGAAAGAAAAUGGUUUUUCCAGUCUAAUAAUUGCUGCUCCAGAGCUGGACCCUUGGGGUAUUAUUAAAGAAGUGCUUCCUCUUUUAGCAUUUUCAGCUCCUUUUGCUGUUUAUCAUCAGUAUGCUCAGCCUCUUGCUACAUGUAUGCAUAACCUGCAGAUUGAGAAAAUGGCGAUUGGCUUACAAAUUUCUGAACCUUGGCUACGUGAAUAUCAGGUACUCCCAUCAAGAACCCACCCACAUAUGCAGAUGAGUGCUUUUGGUGGUUAUAUACUAAGCGGCACGAAAAUAUCUAGCAGUGAACCCGUUACAAGCUCCAACUAGGAUAAUAUUUUUUGACACCUCUGUGGUUCGCUGUAUAAUGUCGCUUGGCAAAGCCAUUUCCACAAAAUUUCGAGAAUAUUGUCUUGUUAGAAUAGAUGGUUUAGGAUUAUCUCGUCUUCUGUUUGAGCAGAAGCAAGGUAAUUCAUGUUGUAAUUUUAUUCAUUGAUGUAUUGUUGAAUAAGCAAUUCUUAUGUUAUAAAGUAUUUGAAGAUGAAGUGGUAA